AUGGACCCGGAUUCGUACUUGGUCGUGGACCCCAACAUGGAGAAGCUAUUCAAAAUUUUCUUGGAUGAAGAUGUCUGGGUCAUGGUCUGGAGCGGGGUGCACACUGAUGACGAAAAGUUGACUUCUGGCUUGCGGCCGACCAAACAGCCGUUCCACUACCAGAUCCGUGACACCAGCCACAAGGCCUUCUACCUGCGGGACAACAGCCUGGUGGCCGCAAACCUGCAGGGCGAAAACGCCAGCCAGGAAGAGAUGGUCAGCGUGAUCCCUAACAGAACGCUGGAGCGCAAGAGGUGUCCCCUGAUCCUGGGCAUCAAAGGCGGAAGCCAGGGCCUGUCUUGUGGAACAGCCGAGCAGCCCCGGCUGCAGCUGGAGGACAUGCAUCUCAUCGAUCUAUUCUACCAGGAUGAGGAGGCCAAGCGCUUCACCUUCUUCAAGACCUAUAACGGCAGCACGCACCGCUUCGAGGCAGCUGCCUACCCAGGCUGGUUCCUCUGCACCUCAACCCAGGCCAACGAGCCCAUCAGUCUCACCACCCGCCCGGGGGAAGCCGCCAUCACCGACUUCUAUUUCCAGCCCAAAUAGCCACGGGGCAGGAGCCAGAUGCUGCUUCAGCCCUGCCCUCCCAAUGGCUAGCCAUGGUGGAGGGG